AAUACAGCGUCGCUGUCAACGGAUGUUUAUUUACGGGUUCUUUGCGUCUACACGCCCUGAAGUCACGAAAUGUCUAGUUGCUAAUUAUCAGAUUAAUUAACCAGCUAUUUUUCUUUCCACUCAGGUGCCAAGAAGAGGAAAUGUUCAAGCACAAUUAUCAGGGUGGAGCUGGGGUGGAGGUGUUCAGUGGACAAGGGAAAGAUCCCGUGGCCAAGUGGAAACUUUGUGGAGGCCCUUCUGCCAUACGAAAAGAGUACGACAAAGAAGUCAAAGGAUUUGUUUACUGUCUCGAGGGUAGCAGUAAGACUGUGAAAAUGCAAAUGCCAGCGAAUGGGAGAAUGUCGUUGGGACUCCUCCAAAGAUUCUUGGCCAUUCAAGUGACUAUUCCGCAAGGCAAAGACUUUUCUAUGGAGCUUGUAAUAACUGAUGUGGGCCACCUGAAACGACGGCUCUACUUAUCGACCGUGCAUAAAGAGUUGUCCGCCACACUCUGGCAUGCAAAACUACCCCUGGCAGGAGUGCAACGUAAUAUGUGGACCACGUUGUUUGUUGACCUUGUGUCCUUCACGGGAGAGUUGUUCAAGGCUGCAGAGUUUUUGUCGCUGGAUGGCAUCACCCUGUUUGCCAGUUGUAAAUUGCGAAGAAUAUUUACCAUGAAAACGGAGCCGACUGGAUUAACAAACUACGAUAUGGUUUUCAGUAGGGUCAGUGUUGUGGAUCAGAUCCCGCGAAGCUGCCAAUUUCCACCAAACGUUUGCCAUGAGUGUCAGCUUCUGAACAUGGCAGUCUUGCGGAAGGCCAAUUUGAAGACGACUCAUGCGAACGCCGACGGUGGACCUGACCAGCAUCCUGCUGCCAGAUCAGCCGCUUCUCACAGAAGCAAGCCCCAGGCAGCUCCACACACGGCCUCGGGCUCCAAAGCCGCAGCGCCGGCAACACAUGCCGGAAGAAAAGGCAACCCGGCCGCGAAUGGGAUGGAAAAAGACGAACCCUAUAAUGACAAAACGGCAUACUUCAAUCCGACACACCCACAAUUUAAUGCACAAGUUGGAGAUGCAGCAUCAUCGCACCUUCAUCAAGCGGGUAAUGGAGCACCCUCCAGCUUGCAGCCAACUCCUCCGAGAGGCAAAGUGCUCAACAAGCAACCAUUUGAGAGGAGAAAGUCACGAGUCCAAAGUGCAGCAGUAGAGAGGCUCCAAACACUGCUGGAGCCUGCUGAUGUCAGCCAUAGCAGGAGAAAUGAGACCAGAGAGACAUACAGCCGUCCAUCAAGUGGACUGGAGAGCAGACAAGACGUUUUGACCCCAAAAGGAAUAACAGAGGUCCUAAAAGCAGAUGAAUGCAGUUUCAGUUCACCAGGCACGAGUUCCAUAUCGCCCCCACCCACACCGGCGGAGCCUCCCCCCGACUCAAGCCGGCCCGCUUCCUCUCCUGACCCGCAGGUCCAGAGCUGCUGGGAGAGUAAUGACGAGGAGCCCGAGCUGCGGCUCGCUCUGCGGGAGGAGGUGUUCACGUUCGCAUCCCCGCCCCACUCACCCAAAAGAGGCCAAGGCCGGGGUGAGCGCAAGAUGGAGACGAGAGGCGAACAGGUUCAAUGCCCAAAUGGGACACGCAGUGAGGCUCAACCCGAAGAUGAUUUCAUUGGCAGUGAAAGUGAUGAGGAAAAGAUCUACUCUGCAUUCCCACAGCUAACAAUAAAUGCAGACUCCACUCCUGACAUUUCGCAAUAUCUUGAUCCAAAUUUGGAACUGAAAGUCCAGCCUGAGGAUCAAAGCACUGAGCAAACAUCAGUCGAAGAUCUUUGUCUAGUUGCCAGUGAAAUGCAACUGCAGUCUCCUUACGUCAACCCGGUUGAAACUGUUCGCAUAACUUCCGGUACCCGUCGUUGGCCUUUUGGUACCAGAGAGGAGCAAAGGUGUGGGUCGGGUGACGAAGAAGCAGAACAUCAGGCUGUGGAAUGGACCAACCCGGUUGAGACUGUUCGCGUAGCUUCCGGUACCCGUCGUUGGCCUUUUGGUACCAGAGAGGAUGAGAGGUGUGGGUCGGGUGAAGCAGAAGUAGAACAUCAGGCUGUGGAGUGGACCAACAGCGUGUCACUGUCAAGGAGUUGUCUUCAAGAGAUCUCCAUGCAUGACCCGCUCAAGGAAGAAGACAACACAAUCCAGCCUGCUGAUUCUGGUGAUUGGCACACAAAGCCGGUCGGCAGUCUACAAUUGCACGACGGGGAUGACGAUGAGCUCCAGAUGCUUGCGAGUCUAAAAAGGGAGCAGGAGGAAGACGAAUACAAAGCCUCGGGCCUCACUGCGUCUCAAAUCCACCAGUGUAACGUCAACGUGAGCCUGAGCAGCGAGGACGCCUCUACCUGGACGCACAUCUCCACGCCAGAUAAUCAGGGUCACCACUACCAGAAGGAAAUGAACCCACUCCAGUGCUCAAAAUCCAGGGACUGGAUGGAUGAGCUCAGCCCCCGCAUUCUGCCUCCGAGCAGCAAGAGAAGGUCAGACAACACAAGUAACCGUCAUGAGGAUCUAAUCAGAGGAGGGGACGAGUCUGAAAACGAAGAGGAGAUGGAAGACGAGUACUUAAAUCUGCUGUAUGAUCCUUGCCUCAACUGCUAUUUUGAUCCAGAGACGGGGAAGUACUAUGAACUAGCUUGACUCAAAGCUUGCGAGAUUCUGACUCAAUAAGAGGACAUUGACAGCUGAUGAAUGGCAGCAGAGUUUUGUUAUUGAUCAGUAAUGAAUACCCUGCUGGCAAGGAGCUUUUCAUGUUGCCGCGUUUUGUUUUUAUGCUGGUAACUAACGACGUCACCAGUGGUCUUGUUAGCAUGUGAAGGGAGCAAAAUGAAAGCUUUUUUUUUGCGGCAGCUGCUCAUUUUAUUAGCACAUCUGCUGGUAAAAUCCCUUUUCGGGAAGCCUUGGCUAUAGGUUUAAUUGUAAGCUAUCUGAAAGAACAUCCUGCAAAGUCAUUUUAUAAAUUCAAAUUCUGAUUUGUGUUCCUUUUAUUCCUCAUUUGUGUAAAAUAGUCAAAGAUGCGCUGAAUGAAUUUCCACUUUAGAAAUGCAGCUUAUGUGGCUUUGCUGAAUAUAAAAAUUCAUUUUAAAAUAAUUAACCAAUAUUCUGUAAUAAAUAUGUGAAAUAUUAUAAAACUAUCCUCUGUUUAUUGCAUUUACUGAAUAUGCAGAUUUUU